AUGAACCUGAGGGGCUUGUUUCAGGAUUUCAAUCCCAGGUGAGGCCGAGGCGGAGGCUGGGUCUGCGCGGGUUCAGAGGGGCCUCGGAAGGGUUGGAGGGGCGGCUAUUGUUAUUCGCGAGAAACCCUAUUGUUCUUUUUAUGGCUGCUAUUCCUUGGCCCGCACCGUCGGAACUCCCUGCCCCUUGAGGUCAAGGAGGCGCCUUCGCUGCGCUUUGUACUCUUUUCGGCCCCUGCUAAUCGGGGGUGGGGGUGGGGGGUGGGGGGUGGGAAGCCCACCCAGGUGCUUAGGAGGAAGCAGAGGCGAAUCCUAAACACUUUUUGGCAUUUCGGCUUCCGCAUGUUGUGAAUUUUUCCUCGAUUUUACUGGGGCGGGGGAAGGGAAGAGUGUUGCAAACCGCCUCGAGGGAUGUCUCUCCUUUUUUAAAACAAUCAAGUGGUGCUUAAGUCUUACGAAGUAAAUAAAAUAAAACGGAUGGCAUUUUAAAAAACAAACCAUAAACCAGUGCUUAUACCUUAUAAAGUAAACAGAAGUGUGUGUGUGUGUGUGUGUGGAUGGCGUUAUUUGUUCAUCUAUCUCGUCCUGCUGAAGCUAUUGCAGAAGAUAAAAUACGCAAAGCAGACGAAAUGGAAACCAGAAAGUUUUGUCACAUGAGAGAGCCUGCUUCUCCCGAUGGAUUUUAACAUAACACCCCCACAUAGUCUUUGACGUUUUACUAUGUUUUUUUAUGUACUGUAAACCACCCAGAGUGGCUAGUGAAACCCAGCCAGAUGGGCAGGGUAUUAUUAUUAUUAUUAUUAAUUGCUUUCAAAUUCCAAAGCAGACCACUUACGUCUCCCCCAAUUGUUGACAUCUGUCUGUCUUCUGACAGUGAAGUCAAACUGUUGGAAGAGUGCCCCCAAUAAUACAAAGUUAAAUCAGAUACACAGUUGACCUCCUAAAACCUAGAGCUUUAAACCUUUGAACAAGACCUGCUCUUAGGUCCUUGUGGAUUGGUCUAAACCAGUUAGUAGCCUGGUAGAUCUUCAGGAACAUUGCCUCCACAUGGACAAGCUCCCACUUCACAAAGUUUGUGGAGAUAGAUAUCUUCCUUUGAAUGUGGCAGAGUGCACAGGCUGGAACCACAGGACUAUAAAUGCUUUUUUCUGCAUUUGACAUUUGGUGAUGCUGGUUACAUAGUGAGGGUGAGGUGUCUGAAUGGUUUGGCCUGCCAAGGGGCACAUUCAGACAGGCAGGCAGAAGUGCAAUCAGCACAAAAAUCAUGCUUUAGAAUGUGAGAUUUCAUCUUGCCACAUGACAUCUCUUCUUUUAAAAUAAAAUAAAAUUACUAGUUGCUUUAUCUUGCCCAGGGGCAAUCUAAAGCAACUUAAUUUUUUUGUGUGGGGGAGAGAAUCUCUCAUUAAGCAUGAGAGGCAUGAGCUGACGGUGUGUGUGUGUGUGUGUGUAUAUAUAUUUAUAUAUGUGUAUAUAUAUAUAUAUACACAUAGUAUGCAUAUACACAUUCAUAACAUUCUCCUAGGAGCACAGGAUAGUAUUUAGGUGUGUGGCAUUGAAAAGUAUGCUGCCUUUGCAGCUGGAAGUUCCAUGGUCUAUUGGCUGGUAGCUGUGGAUGCUGCAUGGAGCCUGGGGGUGGUAAAAGGUAUUCCUGAACUUGAAGCAAGUAUCUGGGGUAGUGGAAUGCAGGAGAAAAGUGUUUCCCAUAGCUAAGCUGCUGGGGAGAAAAGCAAUACAUUUAGCCCCAUUUAUGUAUGACAUACUAACAACUUUGGUUUGAUUUAAAAGGGGAUUAGAUAAAUUCAUGGAGCUGAUAAAGCUUUCAGUGGCUGCUAGUAUGCUUACCUACCAUUGAAUACCAGUUACUAGGGGACAGCAGGUGAAAAGACAUACUCCUCUCACAUCUUGUUUGUGGGCUUCCCAUAGGCAUUUGGUUGGCUGCCAUGGAAAACAGGAUGCUUGACUAUAUGGGCUUCUGGUUUGAUCAGCAGGGCUCAUGUGCUUGUAUUCCUAAGGAGAGUUCCUUUUAAGCAUGGAUGCAGUAACAUGAAGGAGAAUCUCCUUAGGUUAAAACCAAUGGUAGCUUUAUUAGAGUGGGUAACUUGUUGUGUAAGGUGCAGCACAUGUUUUUUGCCAGUCUCUCUACCAGCUUCAGACCCCUGAAAAAUGGUAAUUUAGGGUUAGGAAACUCCCUGGAAGAGCAUGGAAUAUUGCACAGCAGACCGUAGUAGUUAUAGGGGGAUCAGUGAAAAUUGAGUGACCUGCAUGAUUGGAAGAGCUUUCCACUCCUAGUACAAAGCCAUCAGUGUCCAUAUUUUUAGGUAUUUAUAACUCACACUUGCAUCUUCCUUCUAGAAGCUCACGUAGGAAGAUGCAAGUGUGAGUUAUAAAUACCUAAAAAUAUGGACACUACAUGAAGUUGGGAGAUUGCAGCCAUCCUGGAAUCAUUGUGGCUGAAGGGAGACUUGAGACCCAGCCCAGCUUGAUUCAAGGCCAUGCUGUCAGCUACACUGGCCUUGUAAAUAAGGUGAGUACAGGCAACCCCUCAUUUACAUAGAGAUUACUUCUGAGGCACAGUGAAAUCACGUAAAUUUUAAACACCAUUGGAAAAGCCUGCAAACACGUCGCCCUGUCUAGCCCCUUUUUGUGAUACUUUUUUGGGGUCACUUGGGUUCAGUGCGAUGCGCAGUUGUGCACGUACUGAAAACAUGUAAAUUGAGGGGCGGGUUGCCUGUAAUAAAAAUUACUAGUCUGCCGGCAGAAAAGAAACAGGGGUCCAUCCUUCCUUCAACAUCUGCAUUUCUGUAGUAGGUGCAGAACAGGUGGCAUCCCACUUCUGGCAGCCUGCUGGUUUCUGUGCUGAUGACAGCAGAUGAAUGAAGAGCUCCAUCCCUCUUUUGCCAGUCUGCUUAUUCACCUGCAUGGAAUUCAUUAUUUAUGUCAUGGCUGCCAGGCUGUGGUUUAAAUACAAAGUUUGGUUGUGGAGUAGGUGUGGUUACGGCAUUUUAGUGGUUUUUGUUAAUAUAGUCCAGUUCAAAGUGGUAAUCUUUACAACAGCCCUGUAAGGCAACCCAGCAUUCAGGUUAUGGGCUGACAGAGAGUGAUUUGACUAAAACAACUUAAAGAGGUGAGAUUUGAUACAGGGACUUUUUGAAACAUGCUGCACUGGUUUCAGUCAAAGGUCUUUCUAAUCCAGCAUCCUGUUUCCAUUAGUGGCUAGCCAGAUGCUUCCAGGAUGACCACAGACUUGCUUGAAAGGAAUAACCCUGCCUUGUUUGUCUCGUGACAACUAGCGUUCAAAGGUUUUCUAUCUCUGAAUCCCCAGGUUCUUAUUAUGACUAAGUUGCUAGUAGAGCUUUAUGUCACUUAGCUUGUACAUCACACCCUAUCUAUUACUUCUUUGGAGCAACAAAUGAAAACUGGGACAUAUAAAUUAUGGAAGGCUUAAAUCUUAUAAAGAGAAAACCAGAAAAGUGUUUUUUGGUUUUUUUAAAAACAUUGAAUAGAAUUAGUGCCAGGAAAGUAUGAAUAUUGUGGGGAAACAGCUGGGUUUUAAAAACAUAUUGCUUUUUACAAGGUAAAAUGGAAUUAUUCUAUUGUGAAUUGAAUUUUAUGACUCAUCAUUACUUGCCUAACUCCUUGGGAUGGAGUAGGGAAAAAGCAAAUACAUACCCUGUUAUGAGGUUAAAGGUAAAGGGACCCCUGUUAGGUCCAGUCACGGACGACUGGGGUUGCAGCACUCAUCUUGCUUUACUGGCGUACAGUUUCCAGGUCAUGUGGCCAGCAUGACUAAGCCACUUCUGGCAAACCAGAGCAGCGCACGGAAAUGCCGUUUACCUUCCCGCCGGAGUGGUACCUAUUUAUCUACUUGCACUUUGGCGUGUUUUCAAACUGCUAGGUUGGCAGGAGCAGGGACCGAGCAACGGGAGCUCACCCCAUUGCGGGGAUUUGAACCGCCAACCUUCUGAUUGGCAAGUCCUAGGCUCUGUGGUUUACACCACAGCGCCACCCGCUUCCUUUUGUUGUGAGGUUAGUCUUCAAAAAUAGAGGUGGGUUAAUGGCCAUCUGAGGCAUUUCUCAUGUGGAAGAGGGUCUUCUGUCCCUGUCAAGUGGAAAAAUAAUCCCCCAGUUGAACUGAAGGAAUUUGCUUCUUGCAUUUUGUUUUAAGAGGUUUUUGUAAUCUCACUCAUAGCACCUCACACACCACAUAAAUACAUUCUCCUUUUAUUCUUACUACUUAUAAGAGAAUUGAGUCUGGCCCAAUUGGUUCUACAGCUCUAUGGCAAGUGGUUUUGUUGUAGCAAAAGUGUUUUGGUAGAUCAACUAAUUUGUUGAGUUUUAAGAGCAUGCCUGGAGCUUUAAAAAGUAAUGCAGGAAGCUUCCCAAGGCAUAUAUAUCUGGUGUGUAGUGCCAGGUAGCUGAGCUAUGUUCUUGGAAUAGAAAUAGCUCCUUAGCUUAUUAGUACAGUCUUACCAAUAUAUAAUAUAUGGGUCUUUUGGAAGAUUUUGGUCUCAUGUGAUAGGACCUAGGUGUGCAGGUAGAUUGAGUCAUAGUGCAUUUGGAUCUUUAUUUGUUCAGUGCUUUAGAUGUAUAUUGAAUUUAUAAAGAUACCUAGGGCAGCAACAUACAUACCCUAAAAAUGUAAAUUCCUUGAUGUUAAUGUGUUUGUUACUACAAGACUGGACUACUGCAAUGUUCUGUAUGUGGGGCUUCCUUCACGCUUGAUCCGGAAGCUGCAGUUAGUGCAGAAUGCUGCAGCAUGAUUGCUGACUGGAGCGAGGCGUUAUCAGCAUAUAACACCUGUGCUUACAGAUCUACACUGCUUGCUGAUUUGCUACUGGCCAAGUUCAAGGUGUUACUAUUAGUAUAAAGCCCUUAACAACCUGGGACCAGUUAACCUACAAGAUCGUCUUACCCUACAUGUGCCUACUUGACGGCUUGGAUUGGUGGAAAUGGCACUACUACAGGUGCCACAUCAUACCCAUUCCUCAUUUGUAAGAUCUCAGUUGUUUAGUGUGGCUGUACCUGCACUUUGGAACUCCCUGCCUAUUGAGAUCAAGAAAGCUCCUUCAAUGUGCCCUUUCUGGUGCCUGCUAAAAACAUUCCUAUUUAGACAAGCCUACCCAGAUGUGGGACGCGGGUGGCGCUGUGGGUUAAACCACUGAGCCUAGGGCUUGCCGAUCAGAAGGUCGUCGGUUCAAAUCCCCGUUGAUCUCCCGUUGCACUGUCCCAGCUCCUGCCAACCUAGCAGUUCGAAAGCACUGCAAAGUGCAAGUACAGUGGUGCCUCGCAAGACGAAAUUAAUUCGUUCCGCGAGUUUUGUCGUCUUGCGAUUUUUUUCGUCUUGCGAAGCACGGUGUUGGGAAAGUUUUGGAAAAGCUUCAAAAAUCACCAAAGUCUUUAAAAACCUCAAAAGGCUACCACACCGCGUUCUAUGAGUUGCUCCUCGAAGUCAAGUCGCAACUGUAUUAACGGUGUUAAGAAAAAGGAAACAAACUUGCAAGACGUUUCCGUCUUGCGAAGCAAGCCCAUAGGGAAAAUCGUCUUGCGAAGCAGCUCAAAAAACGAAAAACCCUUUCGUCUAGCGAGUUUUUCGUCUUGCGAGGCAUUCGUCUUGCGGGGCACCACUGUAGAUAAAUAGGUACCGCUGCGGCGGGAAGGUAAACGGCAUUUCAGUGCGCUGCUCUGGUUUGCCAGAAGUGGCUUAGUCAUGCUGGCCACAUGACCCAGAAGCUGUACGCCGGCUCCCUCGGCCAAUAAAGCAAGAUGAGCACCGCAACCCCAGAGUCGGUCAUGACUGGAUGUAAUGGUCAGGGGUCCCUUUACCUUUACCCAGAUGCUUGGAAAGUUGAGGUAAUAUUAAUCUGUUUUAGUAUUUUAACUUUUGCAUGUUUUAAAGUAGGGUAGUAAACUCUUUUUGGUUCUACUGCUUUAUCUUUUGUAAACUGCUUUGAUUUUUUUACAAUCUAGUGUGUACAAAUAAAUCAUUCUCUCUCUUUUUUAAUGCCCCCCCCAGCAAAUUUCUUAUCUAUGCCUGCCUGCUGCUCUUCUCAGUUUUGCUUUCUCUUCGUUUGGAUGACAAGAUUCAGUGGAGCUACUGGGCAGUGUUUGCUCCAAUAUGGCUGUGGAAGUUGAUGGUAAUUGUGGGUGCCUCAGUAGGAACUGGAGUAUGGGCACGAAACCCACAGUAUCGGUAAGAGUAAUAUACUUUUUGUGUUUUUAAAUAAUCUGUGGGUUAAUUCAUGUAAAAUUUGUGGUACAGUGGUACCUCAGGUUAAGUACUUAAUUCGUUCCGGAGGUCCGUACUUAACCUGAAACUGUUCUUAACCUGAAGCACCACUUUAGCUAAUGGAGCCUCCCGCUGCUGCCACGCUGCCGGAGCCCGAUUUAUGUUCUCAUCCUGAAGCAAAGUUCUUAACCUGAAGCACUAUUUCUGGGUUAGCGGAAUGUGUAACCUGAAGCGUAUGUAACCUGAGGUACCGCUGUAUAACCACUGAGAGUGCUUGUGUGGGCCCUGUUGCUACACAAUCUUAGUUCCCUCGCAGUACUGCUUUUCAGAUGGGGAUAGGAGCAUGGUAGUUUAGUAGAUGACCUUAACCAAAAAACAAAACAAAAACAAGUCCUCUAUGCAGUUAGUGCCACUUUGGAAGAUGGCAUGUUAGCAAUUAUCCUGUGGUUACUUAUCUAUGUACACCCCAUGAACACAACAGGUGACCUUUUCCCAUAAGGGUAUAGCAUCUUUGCAGAAAGUAUAAGUAAUAUGUAGAGAGCAGGCUAAGUCAAAUCCCCGUGAAUGUGUGGACAAAGUUGUAUUGUUCAUCUAACAUAAUACUGUAUAUAUUUUUUUUCUGCCCCCCUUUAGUGCAGAAGGAGAAACAUGUGUGGAGUUCAAAGCCAUGUUAAUUGCAGUUGGCAUCCACUUGUUAUUGCUGAUGUUUGAAGUGCUAGUCUGUGAUGGGAUUGAGAGAGGAACCCGCUUCUGGCUUCUAGUCUUCAUGCCAUUGUUCUUUGUGUCUCCAGUAUCCGUUGCAGCUUGUGUUUGGGGCUUUCGGCAUGACAGAUCUCUGGAGGUGAGACUGCUGGAUGGGUGGGUCAGUGCUGUGGUGGGGGUUGAGGGCUCUAAUUUAUAAUUGAAGUUUAUAAACUGAAAAUUUCUGUUUCCAUCUCAGUUUUCUUUUGAAUCAUGUUGCAAAUAAAUUUUUAGUAGAUGUAUAUAUUAUAUCAUAUUAUAUUGCUUAGCAUGGAAAAGUAAUUGUCCUGGCUCCUAUAGAGUUGAUCAGGGUGGCUUUCCUACUUCAGGCCUGCUGCCCUGAGCUAUACCAUACUUUGGCUGGGUGUUACAUCUAAAUUCAGUCAUAUGGUUUAUCUGCCCCAGACAGGUUUUCUAUGGAAAACCACAGAAACACACUUUUAGUUUCAGCAUGCCCUGGCCCCAAUGAGCCAAAUUUGACAGGUAGGCAGGACAUAGUGUAUGAUGUCAGGUGCAGGGUGGGCAUGGCUUCCCAAAAAUGGCAUCAUGAGCCAAAUGAGGAGGCCUACGGGGCCAGAUUUGGCCCCUAGGCUAGAAUGCCCGAAGGGCCUUAUUAACUUCCUGUUUAUGUUUCAGUUGUGGUGGCACACUCAUAAUAUAUUAUCGAAUUGCCUUCAAGGAGCAAAAUGUUUAGCUCAAAAAUUAUGUACAGGUGCUGUGUUGAGUGUAUUUUGACUGUGGUAGCAUUCUAGGGGGGUGGGGAUAAAACCCUAUUUGAUUCUGACAUGCCUGCUUUUAUUGUUUCCUAGCUGGAAAUCCUGUGUUCUGUCAAUAUUCUCCAGUUCAUAUUCAUUGCACUCCGACUGGAUGAAAUUAUCAAGUGGCCAUGGCUUGUACGUAAACUGUGCUCAUUUUUAAUGCUAUUUUCAAAGUUUUAAGGUUUUAUGCAAAUGCUAAGUGUGAUGGCUAUCUAAGGAAAAUGGGUUUUUUAAUUAUGGCAUACACGGAAACUUGAGCAAAUUGACCACUUGUUUUAACAAACCUUAAGAUGCAUCGUAAAUAGUAGGUGAGCCUUCUGUAUUUAUUGUUUCUUCAAUUUACAAGCCACACUUUUAUUAACAGGGUGACAUACAACUAAAAAACAAGUAUGGCAAAAUCAUAAUGAAAAGCACAUAAGCUGUAGCAAAACCCUCAAAAAUAUCACUAAAAUCAUAAAGCAACCUUAAAACUUGUGAUAAAAACAUAAUGGAAUACCUUGGCAAUUUUUUAAAAAAAUUGCCUGCUUUCUAAAAUCCAUAAGUAAGUUCCAGGCAUUCUAUAUCUAAGGUACGGUCUAUGGGAAAGCUCUCUUUGUGGUCACCAUGUACUUAUUCAGGUGGUGGUGGGAAUUCAGAGGGCCUCGGAUGAAUAACAAAGAGUUUGGAAGACGCUUCAUACAGAGAAGAUAAAGAAAGACGUGAGCAGAAUAAACAGUAAAUGAAAUUUAGGCUGCCGUGAUGUCCAUAAGACGUUAUAAGGGUUUCUGUGCUGCAAGGACAAACUAUAAAGGUCUCCUUUUCAGAUGUGUGUCUGAUAUGGUCUUCAGAAUGUAAGGUGCAAAUUACAUUGAAAGACAUCAAACACAUUGGUGGUGGUUUUAUCUUCGUCUCCUGCUUUAUAAUGCGUCUUCCAUAUGAAGACAGUAUUGACAGUGUAAGCUCUGUGAAACCAGUUGCCCGCCCCCCCCGGACUGAUAUCUCCAUUAUAUUAUACCCCUCACCCUACACCACUUUCUAGUAUAUGGGUACAUGAAGAAACUCCUCUCUAAGUUUUAGACUUCGAGUGAAGCAAAGUUCAUCUUUUAAAAUAAAUCUUGUUUAAGUAUUGUACUAAGGCAAAACUUCUUAAAGCUGUGGUGGGGAGGAGAUAGAUUUAUAGUUCCAAGUACUGUGUGUUCUUUGAGGUAGGUUCAUCUGAUUGCAUGACUGUUGUUAAAGGUAAAGAGUCUCUGUUUGGUUUUAAAGGAGCUGCACUGAAAGGAUUUUCAAACAUAAUGACAAAUUUCAGAACUGGUACUACCUUCAUAGGAAAACUGGGCAGCUUUCCUGACUGAUAAGUGAAAGCAUUCUCUCCCUACUUUAUUUGCAGGUUGUCUGUGUCCCUCUGUGGAUCCUGAUGUCCUUUCUGUGUUUGGUUGUGCUCUAUUACAUUGUCUGGUCAGUCCUAUUCUUACGCUCAAUGGAUGUGAUUGCUGAGCAAAGAAGAACUCACAUAACAAUGGCCAUCAGUUGGAUGACAAUCGUAGUUCCAUUACUCACCUUUGAAGUAAGCAAAAAACUAUCUAUUUACCUUGUGAGGUUGGAAUAUUGUCAGGGAGAUCAUUCACAGUUCGUUUAAUAGUGUGCCUUUUUAGAGGCAGUCACAGUUGCAAAUGGAGCUGCUGUUGUGAAUAAGAUUUUCACAUCAAAAUGGGGAGUGUGUCUUAGUGUUGGGAGGGCAUAACAAUGAGUAUUGAGUGCCUAAUUUCUAGAGCGGUGUUGAUAGUUGUGUGAGAGGAUUAUGAAUUCUGUGAUCUCUGUAAAUUGUACAUACUAAGCACAUUUGUGCAUAGGCAUCUUGCAUAGCUUUUUUCACUUCUAGUUGCAAAGAGUUAUUUUGCAACUAGUUUCUAGUACUUGCAACUACAAAUACAUUUUCAAACUAUAUUUGUAGUUGCAAGUACUGUAAACUACUGAGGCUGUCAGUAUUCUCCACCCAGUACCAAACUGUGUCAAAUAUGCAGUCAUGACUGAAAAAGGCCUUCUUGAAAACAGACACAUGGCUGUCUGAAAAGAUUGCUAGCCCUAUGAGACCUGUGAAUGUAAGAUAAUGUCUAGAAUUGGGUUCCUACUAGGUUUGGAAAAAUUUCACAUUCAUGGUCAUGAUGCCUAGGAAUUUCAGCCACCUGCUAGCCUGGUGCCUAGGACAUUAAAAUAAUCCUGUGUUCGUAAGGAAGGGGAUGUAUUAAGCUUGAAACUGAAACUUUCUAAUUGUCUUUCUAGAUCCUGCUUGUGCACAGAUUGGAUGGACACAAUACAUUCUCAUAUAUUCCCAUAUUUGUUCCUCUCUGGCUCUCACUGAUAACUUUAAUGGCAACAACAUUUGGACAGAAAGGAGGCAAUCAUUGUAAGUAUUCUGCAGAGAAGCCUUCUCCUUGUUCUUCUCAUAUUGAAAUAACAUCCUUUCAUUUUUACGUGCAGCAGAAAGAGGUCUGUUUGUUUUGCUUCUUGGUUUUUGGUCAAUUUCAUUUUAGACUGAAGGUCUCAAUAAUCCUUUGUUUGUACAGGGUGGUUUGGAAUCCGCAAAGACUUCUGUCAGUUUCUACUUGAAAUUUUCCCAUUCCUAAGAGAGUACGGCAAUAUUUCUUACGAUCUGCAUCAUGAAGAUAAUGAAGAGGCAGAAGAAACUCCUGUCCCAGAACCUCCGAAAAUAGCUCCAAUGUUUCGGAAGAAGACUGGAGUGGUCAUUACUCAGAGUCCUGGGAAAUACGUUAUACCGCCUCCCAAAUUAAACAUUGAUAUGCCAGAUUAA